CACUGCCACGUGCCAGAAGUUAGAAGUUAUAAAAAAUUCUAGCCCUUGUGACUCUGACCCUUAUCUUUCUUUUUCCGUGCUCGGUCAACGCAAUCCGUCAUAAUGAAGAAACCAAGGUGUUCAGAAUUGCGUGCUAAGCAAAAGAAGGAGCUGCUUACCCAGCUCGAUGAUUUGAAAAAGGAGCUUAUGAGUGCUAGAGUUGCACGACACAACUCUUCCGACCCAUUGAAAUUGCGUGUACUCCGUAAAUCUAUCGCACGGAUAUACAUUAUUAUUAAUCAGAAGCAGAAGGAAAAUUUGCGAAAAUUGUACACCAACAAAAAGUGGAAACCAUUGGACUUGAGGCCAAAAAAAACCAGGGCUAUCCGCCGUCGUUUGACUACUCAUCAAGCUAACGCUAAAACUCUUAAAGAAACCCGAAAACUCUCAAGCUGGCCAAUGAGGAAAUACGCUGUCAAGGCAUAAGUUUCAUUAAUUUAUGUUUCGAAAACAUUGAUAUAAAUUUUUAUUUUACAUUGUAGAAUAUUCUUUACUCUGCAUAACAUCUUGCGGUUAAUAAAUUUUAAAAAUCUAUCAUCAAUGUA